AACUGGAACAUAUAUCCAACACUUCUCUUCUAAAGUUUUCGAGACAGAAACAGUCAUUUAAUCCAAAAAUCCAAUUAAUCAGACAGACAGCCCAGGAAAUCGAUCAAGUUUGGAAUUAAUAUGUCGGUGCUCCGAUGGAAGAGUUUCGAGGAGAACGAGGAUCGCCCCGACAAGCCUCGACGCUAUGGAGUCACCGAGAUGAGAGGCCCCCAUUACACACUCUUAACCCAAAAUGUUCUUCAGGAUAUUUUUGAGUCUAUGGGGCAGUUUGUUGAUGGAUUGAAGUUUUCUGGAGGAUCUCAUAGCCUGAUGUCAAAGGAUUUCAUUAAAGAAGUGACUAACAUGGCCCACCAACAUGAUAUAUAUGUUAGCACGGGUGACUGGGCUGAACAUUUGCUUCGCAGAGGUCCAUCAGCUUUCAGAGAGUAUGUGGAGGAAUGCAAGCAACUGGGGUUUGACACGAUUGAGCUGAAUGUGGGAUCGCUUGAAGUCCCUGAAGAAACUCUACUAAGAUUUGUUCACUUGAUUAAGAGUGGUGGUCUGAAAGCCAAGCCUCAAUUUGCAGUGAAGUUUAACAAGUCUGACAUUCCCAUAGGUGGUGAUAGAGCAUUUGGAGCUUAUAUUGUUCCAAGACCUCGUUCAACUGAAUUUGUUGAAGAUGUGGAUCUUUUGAUCAGACGGGCUGAGAGAUGCUUAGAAGCUGGAGCAGACAUGAUCAUGAUUGAUGCAGAUGAUGUCUGCAAGUAUGCUGAUUCUUUACGGGCAGACAUAAUUGCUAAGGUCAUUGGGCGUCUUGGUCUUGAGAAGACCAUGUUUGAAGCAUCAAAUCCCAGAACCUCCGAGUGGUUUAUAAAACAGUAUGGUCCCAAGGUGAACCUCUAUGUGGAUCACUCUCAGGUCAUGGAUUUGGAAUGCCUCCGGGGACACAACCUGGGUAAAAAUCAUGCAUCUGUCCUUGGCUCCUCAUAUUUUCUGUUCUGAACUGGUGUAAUUUGUAGAGAAAUAUCACUUGUAUGGACUGGUUAUGUUGUAAUUUGUGCUGUUAUAUGUCCGUAUGAUGUUAAAUAUAUAUGUAUCUUCAGUCCACCAAUGAGUAAUAGCUCAAGUAAUACGAGCUGUAAUGCCCAUCAUAGCUAUGAAACUUAAAUUUUGUGUGUGCUCAGUAAGUUCUUGGACCUGUGUUCAUCAAUAAUCUUUAAUUUUGCGAUAAGCAGCA